AUAUUUAAUUGUUCAGUGGAUACGGACGUGUACGUUUCAUCGUGCGGGUUGGACAAGAAAAAUGGCGAAAACUGUCGGUCGUGCGUACGCGCAAAUCGCAAUUUUAUUAACUAUAUACGGAUCAAUACAAUGUGCGAAAUCAAUAUCGCCCGAUGCCUAUGUUGCGCUCGACACCAAACUCGCUUAUAUCAAUCCUGAGCGGAUAGUCAGGUUGUCGGAUGCUGGGGAGGAGCUGCAGCGGCGGCGCCGUGAUGCACCAACGGGCACAGCGGACGCGCCGCCCGUACUGGGCGCCACAAUGGAUGCGAAGCAUCAGUACCAGAGCGUGAGCACCAAUGUGAAUGCGGUCGGAAGCGUUGCAGCUGCGGCAGAUGGAGCCACAACGGUCACCACCGUGGACAGCAAGGCCACGGCAACGGGCAGCGUUACCUACAACGUCCACAAUGUGGGCGUCAAUGGCACGGGGCAGCGCAAGGAGCUGGGCAGCAGCGGCGGCGAUAUUGCCAACAGCACCAAUGGCACCGCCAGCAUCAAUGUGGCAGCGGCUGUGCCCAGUGUGCCGCCAAAGAAAACGCAGCUGAUGCAGCAGCAGCCAAUGCCAUAUCCCAAGAAGGUGGCAUCCCAAGCCGCCCAGUCAACGACAACCAGCAGCACCACAGAGCGUGCGCUGAUCGACGAUGUCGAUGUGUCCGACGAGGUCAUCACCAAGGAGGCCAACAAAUCACAGCUGACCCGGCACGAGGAUCACUACGACUACUAUCGCAGCCUGCUCUACGAGAACAAGAACGAGACGGCUGAGAUCUGGUCACAGCUUCGCAAUAUACCAGAGAACAGUAUGCUCUCCUCCUCGCAUCGCCGUGCCAUGACCGUCGAGCUGAAGUUCGGAUUUCCCUUCUACGGUCACUAUGUGCGCAACAUAACCGUGGCCACCGGCGGCUUCCUCUACACCGGCGAGUACGUUCACUCCUGGCUGGCGGCGACUCAAUACAUAGCACCGCUGAUGGCCAACUUUGAUACGAGCAUGUCGGACGAUUCGUUUGUGCGGCUACAGGACAAUGGCACCGCCUUCACCGUCGUCUGGGAGAACGUCACGCUCCAGGAUAAGCCCAAUUAUGGCAAAUUCACGUUCAGUGCCACGCUGCAUAAGACUGGAGACAUUGUGUUCGUCUACUACCAGCUGCCCAUGCUGAUCAACAACAUACAGGAUAAUCAGCAUCCGGUCAAGGUCGGACUGUCCGAUGCCUACAUCGUGGACAAGAUGCUCUUCUUCGCUCGCCGCAAGACCAUCUAUGAAUACCAUCGCGUCACAUUUAGCCAGCAUGAGAUCACGAAUUCGACCAUUGUCGUCCUCACUGCCUUGCCCACAUGCCUCGGCUACUCCGACUGUCAGGCGUGCAUCAAUCACAAUACCACAUUUGAGUGCGUUUGGUGCCCCACGCUGAAUCGUUGCUCCACAAACACUGGCAACGAUCGCAGAAAGCAGGAAUGGCAGCAAAAGGGCUGUGAUCGUUCGAUGAUUAGCAGCAGUGAUGCUUGCCCGGCGCUCGGCCAAAAGGGCAACAAUGCUGCACAGGAGAAUAGCAGCAGCAGCAACAACAACAGCAGCAGCAACAACAGCAGCAACAACAGCAACAGCAACAACAAUAGCAGCAGCAACAACAACAGCAGCACCAUACCCAGCUGGUCGCCCGACGGCAACGGGUCAGCCGGCAGUGCACCGGCAACGGAGCCAACUAUUAGCAGCACACAGCAUCCGUCGAGCGGCACAUCAGCGGCUGCUGGCGCGGCCGGCGAUGGCGUCAAUGCCGAGAAGAGCGAACAUCUUGGCGCCGCGCUGCCAAAGAAUAAGGAUGUAGGCGUGGCCGUUGGCUUUAUGGUGCCCAUUUGUCUGGUGUUCGCGGUGACGCUGUGGCUCUUCUAUGCGUACCGGAAUCCGCACACACGAAGCGGCCAACUGCUCAUUCAGUCCAAGCAUUUACAUCAGUUCCGUCCCAGCCAGUGGUCAUGGCGACGCGGCGAGGCGCGCUACACGGCGGCCACGAUACACAUGUAGUGCAGCGGAGAGAUAUAAUCGUGCAACUGUAGCGUGUCACUGGGAUGUAACGUGUCACAGACGUGACAAACUAAUAUCAGUAACAAAAUCUCUGCCCCCGCCUUUCCGCCCCAUCCUGCACAGACGCCUUACCUUCCGCCAGCACCCGAUCAGCAACUGCAACUGUGACUUGAUAUGGAACAUCAAAUUGAAAUCUUAUGCAUAUAUAUGUAUAUUAAUGCAUAAAUGUAUGUGUACUAACCGGGCAGCUAUCGAUAAUUCUCUCUGUUUCUCUCUCACUCUCUCUCUUAACAAUUAACGAAAGCGUGUCUAAACACAAUAACAAUUGCAAUGGAAAUAUUUCAAUUUAAGCCGAAAGAGAAAGAGAGUGCGAGCUAGAGAGAGAGUGAAACAUAACAGUAAAGUAUUUUGCAGCUCUGAGAACAGUAAUUAGCAAGAAUAAAACAAAUUGAAAUUUAAAGAAACCAUAAAAAAGACAACAACAAGACAACAAAUACAUUAUUAUCCUAUUCUCUGCCUAGUACAUUUUAUAACUGUUGUGUAAGGACAACAUUGCUUUAAGGAUAAUUUGAUUGAGUUCAAGCAAGAUGCUCACCUUGUCUAUUUCUUCUACUUCCUCCUAUAUGUAAUAUCCGUGAUUUAGAUCCCUCCCUGUACCUUUAGUUCCCACCAAAAAGCUAUACAUAUAUAUAUACACACACACACACGCAUACAUAGACACGGGGCACAGUGCUUUCAAUAUAGUAGUUCAAUUGUAAAAAA